AUGGCUGCCGGAGUAAUACAAAGUCUAAGCAAGUUUAGGCUCCCCGCGGCCUUCCAGCCUUCGUUCCUACCUGCCGCAGCCUGCCAGGAGAUGAUUUUCCAAGAUUUCUCCGAGGAGGAAGAAAUGGAGGAGGGUGAGGAAGAAGAAGAGGAAGAAGAGAGGGAGGAUAUGGAACCAGCGGGCAGGCUUCCCGGCUGUAGCGCCGGCAGAGGGGAACAGGCCACUGGUGCCGUCUGCAGCCCGCGCGACACGGAAAUGACACUGCAGCUCCUUCGGUUUGCAGAGCGCAUCAGCGGCGAUAUCCAGAGAUAUUUUGGAAGGAAGAGCAAAGAAGAAGAUUCGGAUUCCUGCAACAUCUAUCAGGACUGUUGCUCCCCUCGGUUGUCGGGGAGGGUGCUGUACUACACCGACCUGGUCAGGAUUUCUCAGAGCUGGGAGUCCGGACAAGACGAGGGCUGUUUGGACUCCUCUAAGCCUCCGCCACAGCCAGACCGCGAGCUGUGGAGGUCUUUCUGCAGCCAAGAUGAAGCCGAGAAACUGGGGCCGCUGACGGAGCUCUUUGAAUAUGGCCUGGGCAGGUACGUCAAGGAGCAAGUCUCCCCCGACAACAAGAAGCUGAGCCUGGACAGGAAGUAUGCCCACGUGGCACCCAUGCACAGCAGGAAACUGCCCCAGUCCUUCUGGAAGGAGCCAUCCUUUGGCACCAUGUGCAUACUCAACGGCAACCCCCCAGAUUUUAGUGACCUUCUGGCCAACUGGACUUCCGAAACCAGCCAGGAAGAACUUAACGCCAUCCGAGAGCAGGCUAGCGAGGCUAACAGGCGGGUGGUGGAUGCUGACCAUUUUAGUGGCCUAUGA